AUGGAUGGGAAUUUCUCUGCAAAACGACUGGAUGGCUCAGGAACUCGUUACUUCAUCCCUCAGGCCGAUGUCGAGCACUUCAAGGAUGAUGUGCGUAAUAAUCGUUCUGCACCUCAAACAACUGUAUCGUGCACCGAGAACUGGACCGCUGCCAAAGCCGUUGAAGAAAAUAAGAUUGUGGUAUUUGAUCAGACGGGCAUCUUUCUUGUCGCCUGCCGUCAUGGGUUCAUUGAAUGUGUCACAGAGAUGGCGCACAGUGGCGAGCUUGCAAAAUAUGGACUUGCUGCCGUCAAUAAAGUGCUUGAUGUAUGCGGAAAUGACCAAGCGAUCGGUCAUGACAUCGCGUGCUCGUCAAGGAAAACUAUUGCUGCUAGCUCGAUUGGAUGCAAAGCCGAGGAGCUACGUCUACAACUUGUCGUCAACGCAUUCCAUGGAUUUUCCCACAAUCGUCGCUGUCGCUUUCUUUAUAACAACUAUGUUCAAGCCCUGCAAAUCAUCGAGCGUUACUCUGUUGAGAUUGAGGAAUUCAAGCAACGCAAGGAUCUUGUCGACGCAGACUUUCUCAAAUGGCGAGACGAGGAAUCAGAAUACCUAGGCCAAGUGGCCACCGAGCCCACGGCGGACGCUAUUGCCGUUGCUUAUGUUGAGAACCUCGAGAAGUUGAAACAUGCAGAGUUUGUUUUUGGCGCCAUAAUUUGUGGGAUUUUUCUAAUGCUGGCACCCCUAGAGCGAUCUGAUUAUGCUGCCGCACUUCGAAGAUAUGAAUUACAAUUGAAUGUUGUUGCCGAUUUUGAGCGCCGGCAUGAUAUUCGGCAGCGCUGGACACCUGAAUGUCCUGAGUAUACGACGGCUUUGAAGUACUUUCAUGAACGCCGCUUUGUUCGCGUGGUGGAGGAACUGGAAGGCUUGGUUGUACAACGUCUGUUUGAACUGUCAAAGGCCAAUCUCGCCGGUACAGGGUAUAAAAUGCGCAAGUACAUUUCCAAAGCCAUCACGCGCCGUUCAGCAGCCAUUCGCUCAGCAUUGGAGAAGUACAACGCACUUGCCCCAAUCCAACAUCCUCCUCGGCCAGUGCUCGACUAUUCCGAAGUUUACUCACGCUACGAUGUACUCGCCAAACCUUGGACCGUUCCUGAGAAUCGAGACAUGGCCACAAAAUAUUUCAAGGUCACGCGGGCACAUGAGGAAAUAUUGCGCCUUAAUGUGGAGAUUCGACGGCUCGCUCAUUGGAUUGACCAUGAUGACAACAAGAUUCGCAGUGCUAUCAUACUCGCGACUAAAGAUCCCCUCCUAGUGGCCGAAUUGAAGGACGUGUAUGCCAAGCACCACCGCACCAACAAUAUCCAUCGCCAGCGCCUUCACAAAAUCUAUCAACUCCCUCAUUUUACUGGAGAACCACUACCGCAGGCCCCCGAUCCAAUUGAACUUGAGGAUGGAAGCUGUCUAGAUAGCGCCCUGGGAGAUGUUGAUGACGACGACGACGAAGAUAUGGUGAGGGAGGAAACGACACGAUUAGGCGAACUUGUAUCGCGUCUCAUUACUUAG